UCCCCCUGCUUUUGAAUUCCAAGUCUUCUCUCUAUGUUUCCGGAGAUGGGACGUCUUCGAUUCAUUUGAUUGGGUGGGGGAAGACUUGCGAAAUCAACGCAUCAUGACGAACAUUCAUCCUCUCUGAAGUCUUACAUUUUUUAACCUUUUUAGUAGGCUAGAAUCUAGACCACUGAUUAAUCUUUUAUCCGUUCACUGCAUCGGCAUGUAUAUAUAGGUGUCACUGCAAAUAUGGCAAUGGCAUAAAGAUUAGGCGCAUUUGGCAUAUAGUCCCAAUAUCAUCUCUCUCUCUCUCUCUCUCUCUCUCUCUCUCUACAAAGAAACCAAAUCCUGUUACUCUCUCUCUCUCUCUCUCUCUCUCUCUCUCUCUGAAAAAUUAGUUUCUGAGAUAAAAAUGAGCUGUGCGAGUGUGCAUAUACGUACCCUCACCAAGGAAGACAGUACUCUCAAAGAGGAAGGACAUGAAUCAAAAUCCACUUUCAACUUCCAAACCUACAUGAUCCAGAAAGCCAAAUCCAUCAACCAAGCUCUAGACGCCGCUAUUCCACUGAAAGAGGGCCAGAAGAUCCAGGAGGCCAUGCGCUACUCCCUUCUUGCCGGUGGCAAGCGUGUUCGCCCUGUUCUAUGCACUGCUGCCUGUGAGCUCGUUGGCGGGUCCGAGUCCAUGUCGAUGUCCGCUGCAUGUGCUGUCGAGAUGAUACACACCAUGUCUCUGAUCCACGACGAUCUUCCUUGCAUGGACAAUGAUGAGCUCCGCCGAGGAAGGCCAACGAACCACAAGGCUUUCGGCGAAGCUAUUGCGGUUCUUGCCGGAGAUGCGCUUCUGGCCUUGGCGUUCGAGCACAUAGCAGUUUCCACCGCGGGCGUGCCGCUGACAAGAGUCGUCCGCGCAAUCGGCGAGUUAGCCAGGUCGAUAGGGCCGGAAGGGCUUGUUGCUGGGCAGGUAGCAGAUAUGAGUUGCGAAGGGCUCCCUGUCUCUGAAGUGGGGUUAGAACAGCUCGAAUUCAUUCAUCUGCACAAGACAGCAGCAUUGCUGGAAGGUUCGGUCGUUGUGGGAGCGAUUCUGGGAGGAGGGUCGAACGAGGAGGUAGAGAAGUUAAGGAGGUUUGCAAGGUGUAUUGGGUUGCUAUUCCAGGUGGUCGACGACAUUCUUGACGUGACAAAGUCGUCGGAGGAACUGGGGAAGACGGCCGGAAAGGACUUGGUAGCUGGAAAGGCUACGUAUCCGAAGCUAAUGGGGAUCGAGAAGUCGAGGGAAUUUGCCGAAAAACUGAACAAGGAAGCUCAGAGUUGGCUAUCUGGAUUUGAUCCGGAAAAGGCCAAACCCUUGCUUGCUCUGGCCAAUUACAUUGCUCUUAGGCAAAACUAGUAAUGCUACUCUGUUUUGCUCAUGAUUUAGCUAAUUAUAAGCUGCUAGCUAGUUGUGUGAUCCAUCAAUAUUAUAAAUGGGACUAAAAAUAAAGGAAAAUAAAAAUAAAUAAAUGUAUUAUUUUUAUUAUCUUAAUAUAUUAUUAUAUCUACCCGAAUUGAGUUUCUCGUAAUAUAAUAAUAUGAAUGUACGAAUUAAUUCUAAUACAAAUCCGAUCGCAAUCAUGUAUUAAGUUGGUCAC